CUCAGCACUUCCUCACAGCUAGUGGAGUCAAACACCACACACAAACACAAACACACAAACACACCACACACGCGCGCGGGCUUUGUGCUGAAUUUCAGUGUGAAACGCUCCCUGAACAUUUCAGUAUGGAGAAUUUGUAUGUUGCAGCUGGGGUUACUGCAGGCGCAGUGGCUUCAGUUGCAGCGGCACCUUUAGUUCUGGCCGCUGUAGGAUUCACCACAGCAGGGAUCACCGCAGGUUCCACGGCAGCCGCCAUGAUGUCAUCAGCCGCCGUAGCCAAUGGGGGUGGAAUUGCUGUGGGCAGUCUGGUGGCCACGCUUCAGUCAGCAGGUGCUGCCGGCUUGACUGCAGGUAUGACGACAGCAGCUGCAUCUGCAGGUGGGAUUAUAGGCGGUGUAGCUGGAUGGCUGGCUGGACUUUGUAGGCCAUAAACCCCCUCAGUCAACCAGAGAAUGAGACCACCAGCCUGAAUCUUUGUUCAGUGGAGAGAAAAGCAGAGUUUCAAACUAACCCACAGAAGUGACUGACAAUGACCUACAGUCAAACAUUUCUUCUUUUUUUUGGGGUUGUUUCUUUGUUCAACAGGUCGUUCAGAUAUGUUUUAAAUCAUGAAAAGUAUUAAUAAAUAAAUAAAUACUAACAACCUAACACUUUAAGAA